AUGCCACCGCCAUCAGCUGCCCUCUGGAACAUGCUUGUGGGGCGCUGGGUCGUGCUGGGAGGGGGCGCUGUUUGGGAGCAACAAGCCGUUGCCGGCGCAGGGUGUGGGAAGAGUGUUGUGCCAGCGCACCAUGAAAAGCCAAGAGAAGGCCGGGAUUGA